AUGGCUAGGCUUGCCCAAGGGGACCCAGCAGGCGGGGGACUGGGCACAUGGGGUCUCACUUGCCCCUCCUGGUGGCAGCAGGCCUCUGGGGAUGCAGACAGAGCUGUGGGCCAGGAAUGGAGUGCCAAUAAAAGCAUCUUUAACUGCAGAUUUGCCUCACAAGAAGAGAAGACUAUGACAAAUGCACAGCUGCCUCCUGGAAACAUGGAAAACUCGAGAACUGAAAGACAGAGAUACUCUGAGAAACUCGAUGUGCCACACCCUGGGACCUGUCCGUGGGCAGAAACGGAAGAAAAAACGUGGAGUGAGUUGCAAGAAGCACUAGCGACGCUGAAAGCUGCGGAGAAGAUGCGCUGUAGGAUUCAGAGGAUAGAACUUGAAAAUUCCAACCUAAUUGCCGUUCUUGAAGAACAAGUGAGAGAAAUGGAAGCACUCGGAGAAAAGCUGAUUGGGGCAGGAAUCCAUGUGGAGGAGGCGUCACGGGAAGAUCCAGGGAAGCCGAGGGAGGACGCUGCCCCGUCGUGGAGUACCCCGGAGCUGAUGAAGUGUGCCUCCGAGCUCUCUAAAAUGAGAAUGCAAGACGGCGUGUGCAAAAUGGAGGUGAAAAAAUACAAAGAACUCUAUCUAAAAGAGCUGAGAGACAACAACGCCUUACUCUCACUUCUUUCAAACAGGACUGGCAAGCGUCCAGAGCGGUCAUGUGCAAAUCUGGAGUUGUGGCGGAACACCUCCACAGUGGUGGCUCUUGUGGGGUCCCACCCUGAGUGCCCUCAAGUGCCAACUCUCACAAGCAGCGUCGUGGAGCCACAGGGAAGUGUGUCCCAGCCCCAUGGAGGCCCAGAGGCCAGCUGUGACUCCAUGGAGAAGCCUCAGUGCUCUUCCGAAGAUAAGAAGACAGUGAGGAGAGAAGAGGGCAAGUCAGCACGGUCCCUGCUCUGUGCUUUGCAUCGAGAAGCAAGGAGGACUAAGGAGCUACAGAGAGAGCUGACUGAAAUAAAAAAGAUCUUUAAUAUGCGUCCAAAGGAAGGACAUGGGUGUGAAGGCAGAGGACAUAGUUUUCGAGAAGUUUCAAAAGUCAAUCAAACUGAAAUGAGCGUUCCAGUUGUCAUGCUAAACCCUGAGGGAGAGGCAGCAGCUGAAGAACACCCAGCGUGGGUCCAGGAGACUCCCAGGGCCUCCUUCCUCACCGAGAUGGACCUUGAAAUGACAAGGAUCCAGUCUGCCAUCGCCGAAGCCAACACCCGGGAACGCUCGGUUAAGAAGGAGCUGGCGGUGAUGAAGCAGCUCUACCAAGGAGAGUUAGAGCGCAUAGACGGCAUGUGGCUGGACGUCGUCAAGAGUAGAAGGGAGCCAGCGAGCCGCGCUCAUGCCUCGCCGCUGAGGCCCACUCCGAGGACCUGCCUCAGGCCUCGUGUCGGCUGUGGAGGCCCACUGCACCCUGGGAGGCUGGAAGGCGUGUUGAGCAAGCCCGGACGCUAGUCCAGGACAGUUUCUCUCCCUUCAUUUUUCAUUACAUAUAGCAUUUCCUGCCUUGCUGUCCUCAUGCAGUCGAUUCAGUUGAUGUGAUGUUUGCAUUAUUGUAAGUUGUGUAAUUAUAGGUUAAAUUUCAGAGUUCGCAUAAAUGUAAACAUCAAGCGCUUAACUGUUUUUGGAAGAUUAUAACCCAAACCCAAGCCUUCAAUGCUGACACCACUCUGGGCACAUUCAUACACGGGUAAUUUCACUUUGCUGUGAUUUUCAUUGUUGCCGCUAGAGGAAGCCUGGAGAGUGGAGUCUCUCCCAGAAUGCAUUGCUGGAAUACAGGGAAAGGACCAAUUACACAGCGAGGACCAAUAGCGGAGCUGGAGUAACAGAACUCCCAGCGUGACUAGGAUAAUUCCUCGUUCCGUGUGGCUGGGAGUGUGU